AUGCUCAUUCUCCUCCAUCUCGCCGUGCUUCCAGGGCCACUCAACCUGAUGUCUCCAGCAUCCGCACAAGGAUCUACCACUGGAAAAGGCAUCCUUGGAGCGACACCACAGAGGACUUGGUUCAUCGUCGAUAUAGCCGUGCAUCUUUCACCAUUCUGA